AUGGCGGCGAAGCUGGCGCAGCUGCGCGCGCAGGCGGCGCGUGCGGCGGAGUUCGCCUCGAAGCACGGCGGCUCCUACUACAAGGAGGUCAUGGAGAAGAACAAGCAGUACGUCGUUCAGCCCCCCACCGUCGAGAAGUGCCAGGAGCUCUCCAAGCAGCUCUUCUACACCCGCCUCGCAAGCCUACCAGGUCGCUAUGAGGCAUUCUGGAAGGAGCUUGAUAGUGUCAAGCAGGUAUGGAAGAACAGGAAGGACCUCAAGGUUGAGGACCUUGGGAUUGCGACUUUAUUUGGUGUUGAGCUUUAUGCAUGGUUCUGCGUAGGAGAGAUUGUUGGCAGAGGUUUCACCUUAACCGGCUAUAAGGUCUAG